AUGUGUGUGAUUGACAUCGUAUUAGAUUUAACCACUGUAUUAUUGGUAAAUAACGACGGAGGCGGACGCCUAGGUGACAGUCACGGCCGAUUUCUGUCGGUUCGUCCAGAAGUCGGUCUCCUGACCUCAACCGCACGCACCUUUAUCCAAGAGGGCGUCACAACCGAAUAUGCGACCCAGGUCGUGGGCACCACCCUAAACAAUGGUCGUCUAUAUGCCCAGUACCUGAAGAAGAGCUCGCGGGUGCUCUUCGAAAAUGGUCAGAUGUCGCCAUCUGUCGUCACUAGUUGGGUGGGUGAAGGUGUUUCCCAAACUAGCUCCUACCUGCAAAGCCACAAUGAUCUGCUCGAUGCCGAAUCGCCGGAUUGGCGGGAAAUCGACGAUAGGUUAGAUCAUCAAUUUGUUGGCAAUACGGAUUAUAUUAAGCUUGGGCACGCCAGACAAUUGAUGGAAGCUUCCGCUGCUUCCGCCUUUGCCUCGACGGAGCCAGAGAAAAUUGUGGAAGUGCAGCUUGUGGCCAACUUCGGACGUACGGAUGACAAUGCCCGGAAAGUGGCUGCGCAUAAAGUUUUGCCAAUCGGCGAUUUGCCAACGUUUACGGUCAAGAAUCAUUUUGAGCCAAGUGCAUAUCAGACAAUCGAAGGUAAAUUAAAAUCACAAUCUGAUGGCGAAUUGUCUGCUCAGAUAGAAGAAGGACGCUCCGCAAAGGUUUACUAUCAAGAUCUAAUGCAGGAUAGGAAAAAUGACAAAACAUCCUUGAACUCCCAAUCGAACCUCCAAGCUGAACGUGCCCCACCUAAUGUGACAACGAGUGUUCCGUCAACUGUUACCUACUAUGGAUUUGCAGAAUUCACAACACUCGUGGGUGAUAGUUUAAUUGUUUUCCUACCGAGCACUGCCCAGCCCAGCUCCAUUGUGGGCCACGUCACAUCCAUCAAGGGCAUGGCUACACUUAGAACCAGCGAGAUUCAACCGCAGGUCGUAAGCACAGAAAACCUUCUUGCCUCAAAGACGGCAGACAUCAAAACUUCCAGUACAACCAUAAAUCCGUGGGCUGUUUUUGUGGACGCCACGGAGACAAAGUCAACGGAGAGCAGCAUAUCGCCGUCGACUUCAGAGUUAAUGUCUGAAAUUGGACAGUUUUCAACUGCAACACCUACUCUUGAUUUGACAGCAAACGAGAAGGUUAUCGAAUCGAGCGAUGUAAAGCCAAUGUUUUCAUUGCCAACGGACCAAGAAAUUCUGGAAAUCUACGCGUCUCUGGCCAAAGCUCAAGCAGCGGCUUCUCCUUCUCCUUCUCCCUCAUUCGUAUCCGUAUCUAUCGAAACAGUGAAACAGACCCAACUUCCAAGCGUCCAACCCGAUGAGACCCUUCUGCCAAGCGUCCAACCGGAUGAAUCAAGUCUUCAGGUGCACGGAGGAGCAACAACGAUAUUCAUUGACGAUGAUCCCUUUGCUAAUUUUGUAGAGCCCACUUCUGUGUUAACUAUUCAGUCCAUGGCAGCGACAGCGACAGCAGACAUCAUUGCCAAAACAACAGCCACAUUAGAGGAGAAGGAUACGACUUCAUAUACAAGUACCGAUGAGUCGGAAGAAGAAGUGUCGACAACAACGAGCUCAGAGGCUGAAGAAAACCCUACCACCCACAGGUCACAGCCGACCGAAGAUACAACAGAUCCUGCACCUCCUCCGCCGUCACCUACACCGAUAAUUAGGGAAAUAAGUGGCCCAGAUGAAGGAAAGUGCGCACAAAUCAAGUCACAAGUGUUCUUGACGCAAAUUCCAAAGACGAACACGAUUUUAAGCACGCAAGUAGUACAGGGUCAAGCGCAUAUUCCAUUUGACAUUAAGGAGACAACUAAAUAUUACUGCAUAGAGGCAACACAGGUAAUUGAAUCCCCACAACUGGAUGUCACAGUGAAAGAGGAAAGCUCAACAGAGGCGGAGAUGGAGCCAGAGACGGAGACGGCGGAAGCGGUUAUUGAUGAUGAUUAUGUUACCGAGUCUGACAAUACUCAUCUAAUUGAUAAUGAUAAUGAUAAUGAGGAUUAUGAUAAUGAUAGCGGCUCGGACGAAGUAGAUCUUAUAUACAAAACCCUAUACACAACCUACACGUAUCUGACGACCUUUUUCCAAGGCCCAUCCACAACUGUCUCUAGCCAUACGGAAGUUGUUACCAAUGUGGUUACCUCUACACUCGAUGCCGAUAAAGAUCUGAACACGAAAUCAACUGAUAUCGUUGAUAAUGAAAUCUCCGCCACUCAAACUCAAAACGUGGACGCACAGAACACAGCUACGGCAAAGACGAUACCCUCGAAAUACAUGAUUCCCGAUGAACUGGAGAGCUUAUUGUAUGCAAGUGCCAACGAUGAGCCCUUCUCAAGGGAUUCCAAUCAACAAACCAGUUACCUUGAUGAUACGAAGUAUACAAAAACAUUCUUUACAACCUACACAUAUUACACGACAAUUUUCGCUGAGAGCGAAACGGAGAUAAUGUCACGGACUGAGGUCUUUACAAAUUACAUUACCGAACUUGGUGUGCCCAAAAAAUCGAUACCCAACGAUACUGGCAUACUGGCAUCUACAACGUCUCCAGCCAUAUCCCUGUCCGUGUCGGAAACCACAUUUAGUUCGGCAAACCUUGUUUCCAAACAACUUAAUCUUAAUAACGAGGAAGAGGAUGGAGAAAAACAUGUUACACUCGUAACCGAUGUCCGAUCGAGUAGUUCCAAUGGCGAGCAACAAGUUAUUGGCGGCAAAAUCGGGGCUGACGAUCAGGUAAGUUCCGAGAGCAAUACUGAAGAGAUCCUGCCAUCCGCAACGCUGCUCCUUCAGACCAGUUUUACAACCUUUACCUUCUACACAACAAUGUAUGUGUCGGAUAGCACGAACGUUGUGAGUCGACUCGAAACUGUUACCAAUAUCGCCACAGAAACCUUGCAGCCAACAAAGGUUUUGAGCCAUGAGGAAGCCACGCUGCCGAUCACAUAUUUUACCACAUUCACGUAUUGGACCAAAUUGGCUAAGGACGGAGAGAUCACCACAAUUAGCAGAGAGGAAACCAUAUCGAAUGUGAUCGAGCCGUCAAAUCGUGUAGCCCUUGGUUCUGAUUCCAGCUCAAACUCAAUUUCGGACUCAAGUUCAAUAUCACAGACAAGUGUUGGCUCAGAUAAAGCGAUUAGCACAAGUGAAACUGAUGUAUCAGAGCUGACAACCUUCUAUACCACAUAUACGUAUUAUACUACCUCAUAUAAAGCUAAUAAAACUGUGACAGAUUCUCGUUUUGAGACAAUCACAAAUGUGGUAACACCUAAAAGCGAUCCAAUUGCAACUUCUGCGCUAAAUAUUGAACCGACAACACCAAUAUCUAUUGCAAGCAGCGUCUCAGAGAUCACGGAAACACAGGAUAGCAAAAAGAAUGACUUGAUAUUUUAUGAUUAUAAGCAUAUAAUCGAUGCAGAAGGUGUGAGCACCUUGUACUUUACAACUCAAAUCCAAUCAACGGUCGACGCUGAGGGUAAAGCCAUUGAGGUAACCAGCAGCACAUCCAGCUUGUCUAUCGACGAGGAGAAGAAAAUGAAUAUGGCCACGGCGCUGGCAAGCGAAGGGACGACAGAUCAGAGCUCAGCUUCUGCUCGCCAAUAUAAAACUGGAUUGGUUCGACUAAUCGAGGGAACGCGAAUCGGAAAUAGUACCACGACCCUGUAUCAGUCCAAGGUUAUUGGCACCAUCAUAGACAGUCGCUAUGCGCAGAUUAUCGAGAGCACAUCCAGUUUCAUUUUCGAGAAGACCAUAACAGCUGCCAGCGUGGUACCAAGUGCAACAGUUGAGGAGAUGAUGAUCAGCAGCACGCAGAGCGUCAGCCUCCUGCAGUCUGUAGCUUUAGUGGAGGGCAGCAUCGAUGGCGAAGGUGUUACCGAAGACCCAAAUCAAGAGGAGGAGCAUGAUUCGGAGGAUGCUGAUAACGCUCGACUAGCGUUUCAGUCAAAGAAGCGAACAUUUGCGCCCGUGAUAAGACCGUUCGCCUCGCGUAAUAGGCCGACAUUUGCGCCAAAGCACAAAACUCUGAGUCCAAGCAGUGCAACAAUUAUAACAAGAUCCGACAUAACACCAACAAUAACAGCAACUCCAGCUCUCAAAUCCGUGGGCAGAUAUAGUUCAUCUCGAAGGGGUGCUAUUUCCAAUGUCCCAAACAAUCCGCUUGACAAUGGUCCGGCAUCAUCAACAUCGUCAAGACGCCUAUUCGGACGCCCAACAAAACCGUCGACCGGCUCCGGAGUUAGCCAGAGUGCGGGAAGCAUACAACAAGCGAGCCCAGGAUUCGCUCCGUCCAGAAACCGUUUUGCGUCCUCAUCACGUGCUGCCCCGAUAUCUAGCUCGAGGCGUGUUAGUAUAAAUGCUUCAUAUCGCCCGUCCAGCAGUCCCAAUUUUCGUACAUCAGCCCUGAAUGUUGCCAACUCCAAGCAACGCAUUAAGCCAACCUCACUGAACGGCCAAUCCAUGGCGUCAACGUUGGCUCUAAAGCAGGGCAGUUCAGAUGGCAUCGAUGCCGACGAGGAGAGUUCCACGGAGGAGCAGACACAGGCCAAUGAAGAAGAUGAGAAAGCAGCUCAGAAUUCCAGACGUAGUCAGAAUCCAUUGUUGCGCUUCCGUCGACCUCUCAAUCGACCCAGCGGCUUCACGCCCGCUACACGUCCCAAUGCCAGUCCGGCUACCAUUUCGCCCAGAAGGAAUCCGUUGUCGGGGCGAGCCAAAUCAACGACUACCACAACCACGACAACGACAACGGCUAGGCCACGUCCUCGUAGCUUCCAGCGACCUACCAUAUCCAGUCUUCAGGCACGAGCUAGGCCCCAAAGUAAUCUCUUUCCGCCACGUGGACUGUUCCAGCAGAAAAAGGAACCAGUGCCAGUAGACAAUAGUGAAACAAAUGAUGCUGAUAACGAAUCCGAAUACGAUGAUGAUGAGGACGGAGAGCAGGCCGACGGAGAUGGAGAUGAUGUGGAGAACGAGGCCAGACGCCGUCGCAGCUCCAAAACAAAGCCAACAAUUCUAUCGCGUAAACGGCGCCAGGCAGAUACCCUAAACAGAAGUCGCUUCCGAUUUCGUCGUCCGAAAACCGUGACAACCGAGGAGCCCAUACCCGAAGAACUGCCGGAAACUUCGCAAAGUCCAGCACGCGCCAAAAUCAAUUCCCGCUUUGGCUCCAGAUACCAGGCCAAGCAAUCAAGUACAAACGCGCCGCCCACAACAAGCCAUCGAUCUAUUCGUCCCACGAGACCCACAUCGCCACGUACACAGUUUACGCUCAGAGAGAAGGAUACCACAUCAAAGAGCAUUAGCCGGCCGGGUGGAAGUUCCUCGAAUUUUCGGCGCCAGCAACAGCCGGCCAUACGACGCAAUCCGACAGUUUCCAGCUCCGCUUCUUCCAAUUCCCGCCGACUAAAGAACUAUAGCAAUCAUAAUAACAAUAACAAUGCGGAGAGCUCCGGACUUCGUGCAUCCAGCAAUUCGCGCUCACGGAAUGGCAAUGCAAACGCUGCGACAAGGGGUCGAGGCACCAUGCGAGGCAGGAAUCGCAACGAGUACAGCUUAGAGACGCCGCCCCCGGAACUGGGAUCGGUGACAAUCACGGUUACGCAUCUGAUACCGGCGGAGGUGACGGUGCCCGUUGUAAACGGUCAGGUGACCGAAUACAAAAACAUUGUUACAGCCAAGACAAGCAUCGAGGUACUAGGACCGCAUCAGUACACCCAAAGUCUGGGCAACAACGGGCAAACGUCGCUGUUCCUAACCCGUGAGGAUUCCAGCGUGAAUGCAGCCGGUGCCACGGAGCUAACACGAUAUCUGCUGCAGGACUCCCUGACAUCGACUGUCACAUUUACGCCAACCACAAUUCGCGGCAGGAAGACAUCCUUCUCGCACGUUCUACCCUCGACCGUGUACUCGGUGGAGAACGUGGUGUCCACACUGCAGCCGCAGAUAGCGGCAAAUGCGCCGCUUGCGAAUAUUUUGCUGUCGCAGCUGUUAUUGGGCAAUAUCAACUUGCCAAGCAAUCCUCUUCUAGGCGCACUUGGCCAGCCGCAGGCUCUAGGCUUGGGCACGGGCACGGGCUCAGCGGUAGUGGAGCCAUCGUUGCCAGUUACGGAAUAUCGCACCCAUACGUCGACCUAUGUAACCACCAUAUACGACGGCAAGUCCACAAUUGUGCCGAUCACUUUCCAAGGCAAGAAGAUUUUAACAACCGUCUUUGAUACGACGGCACAGACAAUAACAGCCACAGAAUAUAGCGUUGACACAAUCAUAAAUACACCGAGCCCGCAGACGCAACAACAGCAACUGCAGCCAUCCGGACAGGUGGCUCAGGUGAACAGCCUUCUUCUACAACAGUUGCUACUUCAACAACAGCAACAGCAGCAACAAUUGCAGCUACAGCUGCCGGCACAGAUAAUGCAGACGACGUCGCCGCAAAUACUUUUGAGUGAGAACCUGCAGGAUCUGGAGGAGGGAACACGAUUCGAUGCCGACGAUAAUAUCGAUGAUAUCAUAAAGCCAGCCAUUGGCCAUGAUGAUCAUCACGUACAUUCCGGCAAGAGCCGCAAAAAGCCAAGAAAAUCAAACAAGGGGCACAAGCGCAACAAGCAACAGUUGCCCAGAGGAGGAUCGGGAGAGGAGGAGGAAAGUAGCGUGGUUACACUCUAUGUCUCUGGCCGCAGGCCAGGUGAGUUCAGCACCAUUCUGUCCACAGUGCACAAUAGCCAUGAUCACCUAGCGCCCUCCAGCUUGCACAAGAGACACGCCCAGACGGCUGCACUAUAUAUUCCGGAGGAUGAGUAUGAGUUUGGGGAAAGCGAACGGGUGCUAUCGUAUUUACGACCUCAAGAACAGUUGGCAAAGAAUUUGAUUAGCUCCGAUUUGUAUGAGGAUUGUGAGGAUUGUGCAUGGAGAGACCAUACGGCUUCUCUGGAGAGCAUCAUUGGCGAUGUCGAUCUGUGGUAUGCCAAGGCAACGAAGCAGGCUCAACCACCCUCAUCGACCACAUUUCAAACGGAUCGUUUGCCAACACUAUCCAUGUCAAAGUCGACGUUAACUUCAAUGAACGACGCCACCAAGCGACCCAGAAGGCGUAAGCUAAAGCAACUUAGCAAUAAAAACCAUCAAUUAUCUAUUUCCGAACUGGUUACCAAGACCCGACUACUGAUUACCACAACAAGUACUGAACUAUUCACACGAACCUACACAUAUGUCGUGGAGCGGGUGCACAAUGACCAAACCGAGCUUCUGGAAUCCAUCUCAUCAUUCACCCGAGUGCAUACCCGAACUCUGCCCGCGACACUGACGAUUACGCGUACUUAA